GGAAGGGGCGGUGCAGCGCAGCGCAGCGGCUCCCGUUGGCUGCGGGCCGUUGCCGUGACGGCGGGCGGGGGCCGCCCGUAGGGGAGCGGCCAUGGCGGACGAGGCGCUGUUCCUGCUGCUGCACAACGAGAUGGUGGCGGGGCUGUACCGCGCCGCCGAGCAAGGCGAAGGGGAGAACGGCCGCUGCACCACCAAACUGGAGAGCAUGGGAUUCCGCGUCGGGCAGGGACUGAUCGAGAGGUUUACAAAAGAUACAGCCAGGUUCAAGGAUGAAUUAGAUAUUAUGAAGUUCAUUUGCAAAGAUUUUUGGACGACCGUAUUCAAAAAACAAAUAGACAACCUAAGGACUAAUCACCAGGGUAUUUAUGUUCUACAAGACAACAAAUUUCGUCUCUUGACACAAAUGUCUGCAGGAAAGCAGUAUUUAGAACACGCACCAAAGUAUUUAGCAUUUACCUGUGGACUAAUCAGAGGGGGCCUAUCGAAUUUGGGAAUAAGGAGUAUUGUAACGGCUGAAGUUUCAUCAAUGCCUGCAUGUAAAUUCCAGGUGAUGAUACAGAAAAUGUAGAGCACGUUCAAAUCUGGCUACAACUCACUUCUGUAAUGAGUGUGUGCAGGAAGAUGAUUAAGCCAGCAAGAAGCUAUAAAGUCAUCACCAAGAUCCUAGAGGAGACUGAGGUUUGCUUGAUACUUCUUGUUACAAGUUUUGUGUAACAAUAUGUAUCUUGCUGUGGGUAAGCAUGAAAACACCUUGUUUAAAGCAAAUUCUACUGUAAGACUUUUCUGUUGGCAGUCAGGCCUUAUGCUUUCAGAAAUGUGAGAAUGUCCUGUGAUAGUGAUUCCAUUUAUGCUUUGAGACCUGCAAAUAACAGGCUAGAUAUAAAGAAUAAUGCAUUAGAACAACGUUUUUGUCUGCUUUAACCAUCUUCUGUGUAUGUUAUCCAAUUGUGUGGUUGAGCAGGAACACUGGAACUUGUUCUGUAAGCUCUUAAGGAAGUUCUGAAGCUUGUAAUGGAUCAAGCCUUCUCUAGAUAGUUGCCUUUCGUAGCCUAUCAAUCUGUGCUGGGAAGCUGGAGGUUACAGACAUGAUAACCAGGGGCUUACUGUAAUUAAGAUGUGAGCAAAUUCAGAUCUUUUCAGGUACUGUGAAUGCUGGCUCAGAUAAGUUGUAACUGGAUAAUUAGACAGAUCUAGGAAAGAUCUAAAGCACCAGCAGAAUGCCACUGUGCUGUUUAGAGACCUAGUAGAGAUAAAAGUAACCGUGGCAGUUGGUACUCUGUGGGGAUGAGCUUUGUGACUGAAAACACUGAGCACUUACACUAGUGGUUUACAGGGAGGUUGUGUUUGUCCACCCGUACAAUUCAGGCUUCUCUGAAACUGUAAGGUUAGAGAAUUAGCUAACUGCUAUUCUUCCUGAGUGCAUUUUAUGGGUUCUUCAGUUGCCAACUCAUGCUGUUUUAAAAUACUGUUAUUAAAGGCAUGGACUUGCACUGUGCCUAAUAGAUGGAUGCUUCAGUGACACCCAUUAGGCCCACAGACCUUGGCAGGCCAUUUUGUAAUUUGCUUCUCUAGAAUUAAAACUGUAGUAGUUACUUUCAUUUUCACUUGACAGCUAAGAUUACUGUUCCAUGUAAAAAAGCACUAAUAAUCCCAAGUUACAGUAAAGGCUUAACCAGUAACUUGUGCUUAAUGAACUGUCUUUGUUAAAUAGUGAGGGACUGACAUCUGUUUCUUGUACAGUGUGGAAUUCAAUGCUGUCUAUCAGUCUGCUGUUACCAGCAGAAAUGAGAGUUCCUUUAAAUUGGAUUUUCAAUUGUUGAAGAUAAUUAGGACCCAACAGAAUCAUGUAUGUAUGAAGCAGACACCAAUAUUCUUGGCAAAGCACUCCCUGUUCAAUAUGUUAAGUCAAGUAGGUGAGCUAAUGUAUUUGUCAAGAUUCCAUACAGAAAAUAAGUUUGUCCAUUGUGUUUAAUAGAUGCUUCUGUUGAAGAGUACUGAGUACAGCUGUGCCUUUUCCCCUGGCUUCUGCUACUUUCCACUGUAAAGCAGCAAACUAUUACUCAGGAAAUCUAUGUACUACCUCCCUUUAUGUUUUUGUAACAUAAUUGUAUCAGUAAUUCACUGGCUAUAGUUGUACUUCAUUAGUAGUAUUUAAGUUCAGGAACUAUAUCCUGAAAAAAACACAUUGGAUCCCAGUUGUGUAGGCUUCUGAAGUUCUGAAGGCAGUUGUUAAGUACUAUGAAGACUGAGAAUAGCCACAAUGUUUAAGAACACUUUAAGGUAUGUUUCAGUUUUAUUAAAAAAAGACCUCAAGGGUUGUGUGUUAGGUAACGAACAGUCGUCUGUGACAUCUGCUUAAACUUAGAAGUCUUUACCUAAUGGCAGCAUCCACAGGAUUACUCAGAUGGUAAAAAUUUAUAAUGAACAAUCUACUACACUACAACAGUUGUUUGAGGGAUAACGAGAGAUGAUUCAUGGACCAUUUUAUGAUGAGGAUACUGAAGAGUAGUACCCUCAUGCUAAAGAUCAGCUUACGUUAUUCACAGCUGUUCCAAAUAUAUUACUAUGUUGAGGGUGCUCUGAAGAAGUUGUAUUGUACUUCACAGGAAGACACUGCAUGCUUCAGACCUGUAUGCUGGUUGUACUAUGGCAACACAAAAUGGUUUUCUCAAAAAAGUCUAGGAGGGCUCAUCAGCUAAAUCACGUUGAUCAAAGUACCUAGGGGAGAGAAAUGGAAUACAGUAAGAAGACUCUAAUGCAACACACUCCUUACUUUGAUCUGAGUUGUUAAACUAUCUGCUUUCCAGGCUUUAAUUUAGUAUUUCUAUCAUAUUUAUAGCUUCACGAUUGAGGGAGAUCACCAAAGAAAACUAGUGUGUCUCCUCUGUUUUAGUCUUAAGUUUGUCUGGAGUCCUUGUAACUAAGUAUGUCUGCUACAUAUAUCCAGACUGCUUGGACUGACUUUCACUUUAAAGGAAUCUAUGUUAGCACAAGGAUAAUCACGCUUAUUCUGGACAUGCUCUGCUAUUUUAUAUCUGUAGUCUGCAUUACCUGCUAACUAGGCAGAUUAACAGGUUCAGAGCUGACACUUGCUCUUCGUUCUUGUUUUCCUGAAAGAGAAAUAAAUACCAGAACAGUUCCUCUGUUAACCACAUCCACUAG